AUGAAAACCGACUUGGAGCUCGCCUUGGAGUGUGCCAUCAACAUCUACCACCAGUAUGCCAUAAAGAAUCCCAUCGAUGACUACCUGGAUGAGCCUGAGUUCUCGCAGCUGCUGAAGGAGACUGCCAAGCCCUUCCUCCACAACACCAUGCCGCCCAACGUGUCCGUUGAUGAGUACAUAAGCAAGCUCUUUGCCAAAGCAGACAGCAACCAUGAUGGUCGCCUCAAGUUCGUCGAGUUCCUGACCACGCUCAAUCUUGUAGUCAUUGAUGCCCACAAUAGGUCCCACAAGAGACACGACCACCAUCAUGAUGCCAGUCAUGUCCACGACCAUGGCCAUGACCAUGGCCACGACCACGGCCACGACCAUGGCCACGGUCCCAGAAAGUGA